AUUAAAUGGUAAAAAACAAUUAUUCGGAUUCAAUGUCACGAUCGGAGUCUUCGAGUCCAAUCAAUUCAGACGUUAGUAUUGACAUCAAUGAUGACGACGAAGACAUUUCUCGGUCGCCAAAGCGGGAACCGCUCUCUUCACCACUUAUGCAUCCAAACGGUGCAAUCAAUUGUAAUAAACCAUCAAAACUAUCAUUCAGUAUAAGCCGAUUAUUAGGAGGUAAUAGUGAUUCAAAUAAACACAUUCAGAGCGGUUCGACAUCUGAUCAUGAUUUGGGUGAUUGUGUUGCCUCUGAAUCUGAUGUCAAAUCUUCAUCGAUCCCAUACCCACCGUCUUCUCCAUCCCUCUCACCCAACACUAAAUACAGUCUCCAAACACACCGCAUGUCUAUGAGUCCAAUGAGUCCCUAUGAGACAGCAUUAACUCAUUUGUCGGGAUCUCAUUACCAAUGGUUUAAUUCCGCACCAAAUACUCUAAUCAGAGACGGUCUUCAAAAACUACUCGAACCCCCAAAGUUGCCUCCAGUCAAGUGUCAGCUCAGAAGACAUAAGUCUAAUCGCAAGCCUCGGACACCGUUUACAACACAACAACUGUUGGCACUCGAGAGGAAGUUUAGGUCAAAACAGUACCUCUCGAUCGCCGAAAGAGCAGAAUUCUCCAGUUCGCUUAAUUUGACGGAAACUCAGGUGAAGAUAUGGUUUCAGAACAGAAGAGCCAAAGAGAAGAGACUAAAAGAGGCCGAACUCGAGAAGAUGCGAAUGGCUUCGCGACCGCUAAUACCUCAGGCAAUGGGAAUGAGUGGCUUUUCGGUAGGCCUUCACCAUAACUCGCAUAGUGUUGGACACAAUCCUUUUAUGCCGACACCGACUUCGCUCUCAUCCCUACCACCGAUGCAUUCCUCAUCGGCGGCCUCAUUGGCGGCGAUGCAGGCCUUUAACAGUCACUCGCAUUCAAAUGAAAUGAAUUCUGUGAACACUAUCCGUCCGAUACCGACGUCUCUAUUUAACUCUCAUAUGAGUACAGCUAACAUGAAUUUGCGUCCAUAG